AUGAAACGUUUGGGCUCAGAAUGCCCGAUAGACUACGGCCAUUCAGCUCGGAGGAUUGCAGGUCCGAUGCCGGGAGAGAAAGUGUUGGACUAUUGGGAGCCGUCCAGGGGCAUGCUGUCGAACGCCGAUGCCUUCAUGCAGUCGCUUCUCAACUUCGACAAGGAGUCCGUCACUGAUCAGAAGCAGAAACAAUUGCAGCCUUAUAUAGACGACCCUAAUUUCCAACCUGCCAAGAUUCUCGCCGUAAGUGAUCAAACCUGA